CACUUGUUUGUGAUUCCGAGUUAAUAAAUAUUUCUCAAUACCGAUACCCAACACGACAAAUUUAAUGUUAUCCACCGGUGUACCUACCACAAAUUUGUGAUCGAAGUUUGUAGUACUAUUAUUUUAUUGGUAGCAAGAAUCACGUGACGUUAUCUUUUACUUGUCUCAGUCUACUUGUAAAUAUAUACAUAUAUAGAUUGAUAGGUUCACCAGCAAUUUAAUUUCUGGUGUUGAUUAUAAUGAAUUCGAUAGGGUUGUAUGGACUACUUCUUCUUCUUAUUCCUCUACUACUCUUCAAGAAUGGAGAAUCACAAGCGAUAAUCAAUUCUCUUCCGGGUUAUUCCGGUACUCUUCCGUUCAAGCUCGAAACCGGAUACAUUGGCGUGGGAGAAAAUGAAGAAGUGCAGCUAUUCUACUAUUUCACUGAGUCCCAGGGCAAUCCUAGCUCGGACCCUCUUUUGCUGUGGUUGACCGGCGGACCUGGUUGCUCUGGUUUAUUUGGUGUCGUUUAUGAUAUUGGUCCAUGUACUUUUGAUAUUGACAAUUAUCAUGGAGGCUUACCAUCUAUUCUCCUAAAUUCAUAUUCAUGGAACGCGGUUGCCAAUAUUAUUUUCAUAGAUGCGCCUGUUGGUACUGGAUAUUCUUAUGUAAACACUUCACAAAGUUACGAUCCAACGGACAUCACAACAGCGAAAGAUCUUUAUGCAUUUCUUAGGAAGUGGUUAUUGAAUCAUCCUAAGUUUAUCAAAAAUCAUUUAUAUGUCUCGGGUGAAUCAUAUGGAGGCAAACUAGCUCCCAUGGUUUCCAUGGAAAUAGUACGAGGAAACGAAGCACAACUUCAGCCACAAAUGGCCUUCCAAGGAUACAUUAUUGGCAACGGACUAACAGAUCCAAACAUUGAUUUUAAUGCACGAAUUCCAUAUGCUCAUGGCAUGGCCCUUAUAUCUAAAGAAUAUUAUGAGUUAGCAAAACAAAGCUGCGAUGGAAAAUAUUACAAUAAUGAUCCAAAUAAUUUGGAAUGUUCGUAUGCCAUUCAACAAAUCCAAGAGUGUCUACGCUAUGUAAACAAAGUUCACAUUUUGUAUCCAAAAUGUGAUGAUAGCGCAUCGAAACCAGGUGAUUUUGGAUGGAAGCAAACAUUCUCGAUAGACAAUUCAGAUAACCAUCUCGCCCUCCCAACAGAAGAAGCAAAGUGUCAUGAAAUAGAUUAUGCAGUAUCUGAAUAUUGGGCAAAUGAUCCGACUGUUCAAGAAGCUCUUCAUGUUAGAAAGGGAACGGUAAAAAAUUGGACAAUGUGUGAUUACGGAAUACCCUACGAACAGAAUGUAGAAGGUGCUCUUGAAUAUCAUAAAAGUUUCACCAAGAAAGGAGCCAAUGUUUUGGUAUUCAAUGGUGAUCAUGACAUGGCUGCACCAUAUGUGGGUCCUUUAAGUUGGAUCCCCCUUCUUAAUGUGACUAUUGAUAACAACUGGAGAGCUUGGCUUGUUAAUGGCCAAGUUGCUGGAUUUACGGAGAAGUACAAGAAGAAUAACUUCCAUCUCACAUUUGCGACACUCAAGGGUGCAGGACAUGGAGCAUCAAGGUUUAAACCGGAACAAAGUCUAGCGAUGAUCACCCGGUGGUUCUCUAGAAGUCCUUUAUAGGCAUGGGUAGUCGGAAAUUACUUCUCUUUCGCAUCAUUUUUCCAUGGCUCGUGCAAGCUUAUUCUAUGCGAGCAAAAUAAAUUUGUCCACAUUAUUGCUUCUCGUGAGACGUUAGCUUUUAGUACUUGUCGACACGCUGUGGAUUUAAUUCUGCAUUUUGUUUCAACCAUGGUUUGCAUUGAUUUAGUAGUAA